UUUCGGUUGACAGAAAAAAAAGAAGAGUAAAUUGAAAACUAAAAUUAAAAUUCAAUUUGAUCACGGAGCUAGCUUGCACUUGUCCGCGGAGCACCCGAUUGUUUCCCCUCUAGUAACGACCACCAACACAGCAAGCCCCUUUCCCUCAUUGCCAUUUAUGCGGUGCGCUCUGUUUUUUCCCGGAGCGCAAAACGCCGUCUCUCUGAAAAAUAUUCAUCAGUCUUCUUAUUUCUCUCUUUCUGCAGUUCCUCAAUUUUUAGGGUUUUUGGGCGUUAGUUCAAUCCAUUGAGAGACUUCUAGGGUUAGGGUUUAUAACUCACCGUACCGAAGAAACAAUGGGCGAGUGGCAACAGCUCCUCCAGUCGAUAUUUCUAGGCCUCAUUUUCUCUUACCUCCUCGCCAAGCUCAUCGCCAUAGUCAUCUCCUUCAAAGAAGACAAUCUCAGCAUCACUCGCGCGCACACUACUCCCACCGACAUCAAUCUACCCCGACCCAAACCCCAACCCCAUGACGAUCCUCCUCGCUCAGCCGAUUUGACCUCCGCAGCAAUCGAGGCCGAAUCGGUCGUCGCAGAGCAUGGCAGUGUCAGGAACGAGAGCAGCGAAGCUGGAAGUGACGAUGACUGGGAAGGCGUGGAGAGUACAGAAUUGGACGAACUGUUCAGCGCAGCGACAGCGUUUGUUGCAUCAGCCGCGACGGAUCGCCAGAAGGUAUCGAACGAUGCGCAGUUGCAGCUCUAUGGGCUUUACAAGAUUGCUACUGAGGGUCCCUGUAGCGUGCCGCAGCCAUCGGCUCUGAAAAUGACAGCUCGCGCCAAGUGGCAAGCAUGGCAGAAAUUGGGUGCUAUGCCUCCUGAAGAUGCCAUGGAGAAGUACAUUGAUAUUGUUACGGAGCUAUAUCCUACUUGGGCAGCAGGUUUGACUGUGAAGAGCAGAGGCGGAGAUGGUAAUGCACCUGGUACAGAUUCUAACGGACCAAUGGGGCCAGUUUUCAGCACCUUUGUUUACGAGGAGGAAUCUGAAAAUGAUUCCAAGAUGGAUGCCAUUCAUGCCUUUGCCAGAGAAGGAGAAGUGGAUAAUCUGCUUAAAUGCAUUGAAAGCGGUGUUUCAGUAGAUCUGAAGGAUAGUGAGGGAAGGACCCCAUUGCAUUGGGCUGUGGAUCGUGGGCAUCUGAACAUGGCAGAGCUACUUGUUAGCAAAAAUGCCAAUGUUAAUGCAAAGGACAAUGAUGGCCAAACCGCACUGCAUUAUGCGGUUAUGUGUGAUAGAGAAGGCGUUGCUGAAUAUCUUGUGAAGCAAAAUGCAGACACAGGUGCAAAAGACAAUGAUGGCAGCUCUCCGUGUGAUCUCUGCGAGUCAAACUGGCCUUGGUUGCAGCGUGCAAAGGAGUAGAGUCACACUGACUGAUGGUUUACUUACUUUGUUGUUUGUUCAAGCUGUAGUAAUUUUUGAGAAAUUCCUUGUGGAUGAUGUAUAUUGGUGAUGUAUAACCCCAAACCUUUUUGAAUCUUUUGUCUUUGGAAAGAUUUUCAAGUAGGGCAGUACGUGUAUGUAGUUUUCUACCUUGUCCUUGUGUAGCCUUCUUUUUUUGGAUUAUUCAACUCCCCCAAUCGUGGAAGUGAAAAGAAAGGUGGAAUUCACUGGGGGUAACUUUUACACUAUUUGCAUAUCAAAUCAAUCCCUACCGUUCCGUAUCGA